ACCAUUGUGAAUCUGGCAAUGUCAUGUUUUCAUGUCAGGUCACUUGAAUAUUAAAAUUACGCUUACAAAUGUUUUUUUUAAAAAAUUUCAGAAUUUGUUCUCACAUCAUGGAAGGUGGAGGUGGAAAUAAAAGAAGAAAUUUCCAAAGGGGUGGAGAGUUAGAGAAGCAAAUGGUAAAUGUGAUGAAAUUCAGCAUCAAUGGAAUAGAUCAUAUAAUAGAUGGAGAUGAGUUUGAUCCAAGGAUGAGUUUAGCUCAGUAUAUCAGAGAAGUGGCAGGUCUAACUGGAACUAAGAUUUCCUGCAACGAAGGAGGUUGUGGGGCUUGUACUGUAUCUGUGAGGAAGAAUAGAGAUGCUCCUGCAAGAUCUGUCAAUUCAUGUUUGACUCCAGUUCUUCUCUGUGACGGUUGGAUCAUAACUACCAUUGAAGGUCUUGGAAACAAAGAUACUGGAUACCAUCCCUAUCAGACAAAAUUGGCAUCAGAGGGUGGAAGCCAAUGUGGGUAUUGUUCUCCUGGAAUGGUUAUGCAGUUGCAUAGUUGGCUUCAAGAGCAUUCAGCAACAUCAGAACUUGAGAUCGAUAAUAUUCUAGAUGGAAAUAUUUGCAGGUGUACAGGAUACAGACCAAUUCUUGAUGCCUUCAAAUCAUUUGCUUCAGAUAAAUGCCUCCCUGACAUUGAAGAAUUAAAAAUAUGUAAGAAGGAUGGGAAACAAUGCUCUUCUAAUGGAAGGUGCAGUUCACCUCUUCAAACGUCUUUCAAUGGACCAAAGUCUAACUUUCAAUGGCUGAUUCCUGCAUCACUAUCUGAUCUUCUGGACAUUUUAAGCUCUCUACCAAUGGGGACAAAAUACAGAAUAAUUUCUGGAAACACAGGAACAGGUGUCUAUAAGAAUGAUGGACCUUAUAAUGUUUACAUUAACAUAGCAAAAGUCUCUGAAUUACAUGAGUUGAGUAGCAACUCCCAGGUUAUUAUUGGUGGAGGUGUAACCAUAACUGAUGCAAUGGGGUUUCUUGGUAUGACUGGAGACCCAGUAUUUGAAGGAGUAGCACAUCAUCUGAAAAAGAUUGCAAGCUAUGGCAUUAGAAAUCAGGGAUCUCUCGCUGGAAAUUUGAUGAUGAAGCAUGCCCAUCCAGAAUUUCCAUCUGAUGUGUUCCUCUGCUUAGAGACUGUCGGAGCAAAGGUAGAAAUUGCUCAUGCAGAUGGGUCUAAAACUGAGACGUCAUUGACUGAGUUUUUAAAUCUCUCAAUGGAAUAUGGAGUAAUUGUAAGUGUUAAAUUUCCUAUCCUGGAAAAAACUUCAAUGAAAAAGGAUUUAAAUUCUUUGUGGUUUCAGUCAAAAGCUAUGACUCAAUCAUCACAGUGGAAGUUCAAAUCAUACAAGAUAAUGCCUAGAAGUUCAAAUGCUCAUGCAGUUGUAAAUGCUGGUUUCUUGGUAAAAGUGGAUGUUGCAGACAAUUUUAAGAUUUUGGAAAGACCAAGAAUAGUUUUUGGAGGGAUAAACAAAAACUUUGUUCAUGCUGAGGCAACAGAAACUUUUCUAAUAAACAGGAAUAUGAAUGAUCAUGCAAUGUUCCUGGAAGCUAUGGCUGUCCUAGCUGAAGAACUUAUCCCAGAAGAUGAUCCAAUUCUUCAUAGUGCUCUGUACAGAAAACAGUUGAGUCUUUGUCUUUUGUACAAGUUCUACAUCUUUGUACUUGGGUCAGCUGCAUCAUCAGAAGUACAGACUGGGUGUGAGGAACUAGAACGUGGACUUUCAUCUGGCCAACAAGAUUGGGUCACAGAUGAAUCCCAAUGGCCAGUUUCUAAGCCUGUUGAAAAGUAUGAAGCCAAGGUGCAGUGCAGUGGAGAAGCUGAGUAUGUCAAUGACAUACCAACUGUAAGGGGAGAACUGCAUGCAGCAUAUGUUCUGACAACCAGAGGAAAUUGUAGUAUUGCUUCUGUAGACACUAAUGCUGCUCUGGAGUUGCCAGGAGUAUUGUCCUAUGUUGAUGCUAAUGACAUUCCAGGUCUAAAUGAUUGGACAGGUGGAUCUACACCAGAAACCAUCUUUUGCACUUCUCGUAGUGAAUAUGCAGGGCAAGCUGUUGGUCUCAUGGUAGCUCUGUCCCGAGAUAUAGCAGUAGAGGCAGCAAAGCUUGUUGUGAUCUAUUAUUCAAAUGAAAAUGUAGUUACCACUGAUAUUGCAAAGUCUAUGACUAACCCAGAGAAUGUCCUUCAAAUCUCAGACCCUGUUGGGUAUGGUGAUGUGGACUUUGCCUUGGCCUCAUCAGAUGUGGUUCUGUCAGGAAGAUUUACAAUGGGCUCUCAGUAUCAUUACUAUCUGGAGACUCAAGUCUGUAUUGUUAAGCCAACUGAAGAUGGAUUUGACAUCCAAGUCCCCACUCAAUUUAUAACCAAGCUUGCUGUGGUAGUGUCCAAGGCCUUAAAGGUUCCUGUAAACAGUGUAAAUGUUGAAGUUAAAAGGAUUGGAGGGGGAUAUGGUGGUAAAAUAUACUUACCAAAUGGUAUUGCAGCAGCAGCAUCUGUUGCAGCAAAGAAAUUAAAUCAGCCCAUUCGUCUUUGGCUUCCUUUAGAGGAUAAUAUGAGAAUGCUAGGGAAGAGGAACCCCUAUGUUUUUGACUACAAGAUUGGAUUUGACAAAGAUCGAAAAAUCACAGCUGUGGAAAGUAGCAUAUUCUGUGAUUCAGGAUGGAAUUUUAAUAGGAUUGAUGCUAUGUCUGCUGUUAAUAAUGGACAAAACUGUUAUCACAUUCCUGCUCUCAAAUACACUCCCUUUGGUGUUAAAACUCAUACUCCUGCAAACACCCCAACCCGGGCACCAGGAUCUACAAAUGGGCAUGCUAUGAUGGAAUAUAUUAUGGAACAUGCUGCAGCAGAGCUGAAGAUUGAUCCUCUAGAGUUGAAGCAAAACAACCUGAUGAAUGUUGGUUCUCCGGUGCUUCCACCCCCUGCUCUUCUGGAGACUGUAAACCCUAUUAGCUCGAUGAUCAAUCAAUUAAAAACCUCUUCAGAUUAUACUAAUAGAAUAUCUGAAGCUCAAAUCUUCAAUCAGUCCAAUAAGUGGAAGAAAAGAGGCUUGUCAUUGGUUCCCAUCAGAUAUCCUCAUUUCAUUAAUGGCGGUGGUAUAAAGUUUCACUGUCUAAUAUCUGUGUUUGCAAAUGACGGGACUAUUUCUGUUGCUCAUAGUGGUAUUGAGAUGGGACAAGGACUGAAUACAAAGGUUCAGCAGGUGGUCGCUAAGGAGCUAGGUGUAGAGAUGAAUUUGAUUAAAAUUAAGCCUGCAAUCAGCAACAUAAAUCCAAAUGGAUUUGUUACUGGCGGAAGCUGGGGAUCAGAGCUUUCUUGUGAAGCAGCCAUUAAGGCAUGUUCCAUCCUAAACACUAAUUUGGCCCCAAUAAGAGAAAGUCUUGGCACUUCUGCUACCUGGGAGGACAUUAUUAGUGAGGCUAACAUGAAGAACAUUGACCUCUGUGCCAGAUACAUGAUUUGUCCUGAAAACGAUGGUUUGGGUAACUAUGAUAUCUGGGGUGCUGUUGUAACAGAAGUAGAGGUUGAUAUACUCACUGGAGAGAUGUUUGUUGUCAGAGCAGAUAUUAUAGAAGAUGCUGGCCUAUCUGUCUCUCCUCAGGUUGAUGUUGGCCAAUUAGAGGGUGCCUUUAUAAUGGGUCUGGGGCUAUGGACCUCAGAGCAGUUGAAAUACCAUCCAACAACUGGAGAACUUCUCACUAAAAAUACUUGGGAAUACAAGCCUCCAGCAGCUAAAGAUAUACCUCAAGACUUCAGGGUCAACAUGAUUCAGAGUUUAAACAAAACAAGGAAUUCAUUCUCUGGAAAAGCGACAGGAGAGCCCCCAAUGCUUUUAUCUAUCAGUGUACUGUUUGCUCUCAGAGAUGCCAUAAACCAGAGUAGAAGAGAAGCUGGGUUGGAAGGAUGGUGGCCACUAGAUGGUCCGGCUACUAUUGAGAAAAUCCAUCAAAGCACUGGAAUAUCUCCAGACAUGUUCACCUUCUGAACAGGUUACUGUAUACAUAAAGCACUGGAAUAUCUCCAGACAUGUUCACCUUCUGAACAGGUUACUGUAUACAUCAAAGCACUGGAAUAUCUCCAGACAUGUUCACCUUCUAAACAGGUUACUGUAUACAUCUUUCAUCUACGGUAGCAUUUACAACAUUAUUUAUAUGGAGAGCUGAUUACUCAGUUUUAUUUUCAUACUAAUGUUCUAGUUCUAUAUAUGAUUUGAGGUUUACAUUAUCAGGUUAAAAAUAUAUAGAAAUUAGAUAAUAAGAGUUUGUGGCAAGUAAUCUGAGCUGGGAUAUUUUGUGUUGGUUACUCAUGAAUCCCAAUUGCUUGAUCUCGAUAUCCACUGCGCACACUUUUAAUUUGAGAAUCAAUGCUUAAUCUUUUCCUUUCAGUUAUCCCUUAACAGGAUAGAUUAAUCUGCAGAUUAACAAAAGAUUGCGAUCAAGUAUUGAUCACAAUAUCCAUAAUACACGAGUUCCCAGCUAUGUCCUGUA